AUGACAGAUCGAAGUCCCGAAGAAGCCGUGGACCCUUCGGCGAGUCGACGCCGCGCAAAACCUCAGCUCUCCUGUAAUUUAUGUAGACGUCGGAAGCUGAAAUGCAAUCGCGAAUAUCCCUGCGGGACAUGCUCCAAACGCGGGCUGGACAAGUCGUGCACUUACCCUCCAGAUACGAUGCAACCGACGAGGCUAGAUCGUCCGUCAAAUAUGCAGGCUAGGAUACAUCAAUUGGAAAGCUUGGUGGUCACUCUGAUGCAGCAGAGCAAGAGCAUCACGCAUGAGGAUUCAGCCGUAUCUCUCCAUGCGACCAGUCCAACACACGAAAUGGACAAUAAGGCGGAUGAUAUCUCAUCUCAAUCGGAUCAUGGCAGCAUAAAAUUCAACAAUGUUGGGACUUCCAGCUAUGUCAAUGGCAGCCAUUGGGUUGCCGUUCUGGACGGAAUUGCCGAACUGAAAGAUUAUUUCGAGCAGGAAGAAAGGGAGCGUGCCCAACCUUUCUUCGAUCCAACAUCUUCUGCGUCAUUUGCCGGCCCGCAGCUACUCCUUGGCUGCCCUCAUUACACAACCAGAGAGCAGCUCUUGGCAUCACUCCCUGGAAAGCCCGAGGUGGACCGACUAGUGUCAUUUUAUUUCAACUCAUUCGACAUGUCUCCAGCUAUACUUCACAGCGUCGAGUUCUUAAAAGAAUACGAACAAUUUUGGGAGCGUCCUGACGAUACCCCAAUAAUCUGGAUAGGGCUCUUAUACGCUACCAUGUGCUUGGCCACACAGUUCCAGAGAUUUCGAUUCGAAUCAGCCCUCCAUCCCAUAGUAUCCGCAGAGCAUGAUCCCCAAACGAUGGUGGAAGCUUUCCGCGCAAACAUUGUUCAAUGCCUGAUCCUCGGAAAGUACCACAUGGGUGGACCUUACGUACUCGAAACGUUGAUUCUGUACUUCACCUGCGAGCAUUUUAGCCACAAGGAUGCACAGCUCGGAAUCUGGUUACUCCUAGGUAUCAUUGUCCAAUUGUCCAUGCAUAUGGGGUUUCACCGCGAUCCAAAGCAUUUUGGAGAUCAAGGCAUCUCUCCGUUUGCGGGUGAGAUGAGACGACGUGUGUGGGCUACAAUCAUGGAGUUGGACUUAGGAAUAUCAGCCCAGAUGGGUCUUCCCCGUUUGAUCAGACCGUGGCAGGCGGACACCGAGGAGCCUCGUAACUAUCUGGAUCGUGAUUUUAAUCAGCAAACUAGAGAUCUUCCACCCCCACGGCCCGAUACAGAGAAUACACAGAUGCUUUAUCGACUCUCGAAAGCACGCAUGAUGUCUACCCUUGGCCUUAUUCUCGACGGCGCCUCCGAUAUUCGAGCAUACACAUAUACAUAUUCCAGGAUUUUGAAGAUAGAUGCUAAGUUGAACGAGACUCAUAAUGCCAUACCCAUUUGUCUCAAAUGGACCUCGAUGACCCAUUGCAUCACAGACUCACCACAAGUCAUCAUGCAGAAACUGUUCCUGGAGCUGAUGUUUCAAAAAGGCAAAAUCAUUCUUCAUCGGAAAUUCCUUUCGCAGCAAGGGGAUCAAUAUAGGGAUUCACACAGGGCAUGCAUACAUGCGGCAUUGAUUAUACUCGAAUACCAACGUAUUCUGGACGAGGAGACGCAGCCUUUUUGCCAGUUGUACCAAGAAAGAUGGCGUGUCUCGUCACUUGUGAACCACGAUUUUCUGCUAGCGGCCAGUGUUCUGUGUUCCUACUUGGAGCAGGAAAGUAAAUUGAAUCCCGAUGGUCUGGCCGAGAAUGCAGAAAGAAUUCAUGAUGCAUUAAAACGAUCGCACGGCAUUUGGGCUCGCUCAAGCUCUUCUGCAGAGGCUCAGAAAGCGGCGCACGCGUUAGAGGUCGUUCUUCGGAAUAAGAAGGUUCUUUUCCCUUCGAAUAGUUGCGAAGUUACGUCGGAAGCUUCACAAUUCUAUAUGACAGAUGAUCCAUUUGACUAUCAAAGCGACCUAGGCGUUGGUCUCAACCUCAAUUUCCCUCUCUUUCCCCAAGUGGAAUGCCAGCCUUUGCCUAGUUUCAUUCCUCCGGAUCAGUUUGCCAUGGACAUGUACGCAACGAACAGUCAGCCUUUCUUGUCGCAAGAAAAUUGGUCAAGUCGACAGUGA